AUGUCCUUCCAGCUCACGCUGCUCUCCAUGUUUCUCCUACUAAUCGCAAUUGUUAUAGGUCGGCCCCAAGAUUCGCAAGAAUCGAAAAUCGCCGAGCAAGAUCAGGAAUAUGACAAGUUCAUUGCCGAGCUUGAGCCGUACCUUAACGAAAAUGGAAUCUAUGACGCAGCGCAGCAAAUGCCCGUCAAGGCCAUGGAGAAACGUUGGGCGAACCAAGUGAGAUUCGGAAAGCCGGCAUCUUGGGCCAGCUCAGUCCGAUUCGGCUAA